AUGCCCUCUGGCCAUGACUUUAUCCUAAACUCUCUUUUGAUUGAUUAUCUUCAAGACCAGGCAGCAAAGGUAAACGUUAACCAUGGGGUAGCCUAUAUUUAUUUCAAUUAUCAGGAACAAGACCAGCAAGAACCAAGAGCUUUCCUUGCAAGCCUUGUAAAGCAGCUCGCCUGCCGGUUGGAGAGUCUACCCAAGGAAAUCGAAGAAUUGUACGAAAGACUGGAAAAGAGGCACGGAAGACCAACCAUCGAAGAUUUAUCCGCAAUUCUCUUUAAGUUAUCAAAAUCCUUUACGCGGACCUUUAUUAUAUGCGACGCCUUGGACGAAUGCGAUCCGGAGAAGCAACGCAAAAGACUCUUGCCAUUAUUCCACCAAAUGGCAAAGAAUGAUAUAUAUGUCUUUCUUACCAGUCGAGAAUACCCUGAAGAUAUCCAGGUAUCACUCCAAAGUUCUGCUAGCGCAAGGAUCAGGCUCUGGGCAAAGGAAGAAGACAUCACCUUCUAUAUCAAACAAAAGAUAGAAGAUAGCCCUAGAGCUAAACGUCUUGUUGAACAAGCUAGGAGGGAGUGGCCAGAGGGGGUGCUAUGGCAGGGAAUUGGAAUGAAGCGUCUUGGGGCCCCCUAUUCCACAAUUACCAAAAUCCUCAAACUGCCCAAGUCAACCCUUGCCAAUGCCAUGGCAAGGUAUGAGAAGACUGGUCAGGUUAAAUCCACACACAGGCAUGAGAGACCCAAAAUCACUACUGUUAGAGAUGAUAGACAGCUUCUCAUCUGCAGUAGACGUGAGAGGACAAUCACAUAUGAGCAACUCCGCCAGGAAUUCGCAGUGCAAAUUUCAGCUAGCACAAUCAAGAGGAGGCUAGCUACAUUUGGUGUCCACAAGCACAUCAUGGCUGAGAGACCCAAGCUGACCCCAUAUGAUGCAAGAAGAAGGCUACGGUGGUGCAUUGCAUACAGACAUUGGGAUAUCAGAAGGUGGAGGAGGGUGGUGUGGAGUGAUGAGUGCAGUGUUGAGAAAUAUGCAGAUCCAUAUGUCUCUUGGGCAUUCAGAACUGCAAAGGAAAAAUGGCUUCCCGAGUGUGUUAAAGGUGUUAGGAAGUCAGGAGGGGUGUCAAAGAUGAUGUGGGCAUGCUUUGCCGGGGAAUUGAAGGGGACCUGUAAUGGGGGUAUGGUGGGUGAAGGGGGGAGGACAAAUGCAGAGGCAUAUGUCAGGACUCUUGAGUUCUGUCUCCUGGAUUUUUUGGCAGAGCUACAGGAGAAGGGUAUCAGACCAAUCUUCAUGCAUGACAACGCUAGGGUACAUACCGCCGACCUUACAACUCAAUGGUUGGAGCAGCAUGGGGUUGAAGUUCUUGAGGACUGGCCUGCCUAUUCACCUGAUUUGAACCUCAUUGAGCAUGUUUGGACCACCGUCAAACAGAUAUUAGAAGAGCUUUACAGGCUUGAAAACUCUGCUAGAGAAGAUCACCCCAUGGACCCCACGUAUAACAACGCACUUGAUGCUCUUCGGGCGCAACCCAAGGGCUGUAGAGAACUGGCCUUCAAGGUCCUCACAUGGCUUGUCCGGGCUCGACGGAUUCUCACAGUCCGCGAACUCCAAUUGGCCGUGUCUGUAUCAAUGAGCGGGGAUUGUACCACCUUUGACAAUUCCGCUUUACCGGAUAGAAAUAUAUUACUUGAUGUUUGUGCCAGCUUGGUAAUGGUUGAUGAAAAGGAGGAUACCAUUCGGCUUGUCCAUUACACUGUUCAAGAAUAUCUUCUCAGAAACGCCAUAAUAUCCAAUGACAUAGACUCAAACUCCAUGAUCACGACUGCCUACUACGCCGCAAAACAGUUAUCUUCCCACCUCGGAGGAUGUAAUGAGGCAUUAUCAACUGGGCCUAUUUCGCGGUUUCUCAGCGAGAAAGGCAAUAUAGCAUCUUAUGUUCAAGCACUUUCUGUUCAAAGAGGGCCCGGGAGGGAGGGAGCCUAUGGUAUUUAUCCCAAAGGACAGGAGGCGUUACAUGUAGCUGCAGCUCUUGGGCAUAACUCAGCUACUCGAAUGCUUCUUGAGAGCGGUGCCAAUGUCUCGGCAACAGACGAUUUCGGACGGACACCACUGCCCUGGGCAGCCUUCGGGGGACACGAACAAAUUAUUAAAUUGUUGAUUGAGAAAGGUGCAGACGUCUCUACCAGAGACAAAGUUGGAAUCACGGCAUUUGAAAGGGCAGAAAGGAAAGGGCAUAGAUCAGUGACUAGGCUGCUAGAAAAUCCAAAGAAACCUCCGGGCCUGAUGGAGCGCUUAAGGAAGACUGUGGAGUUAGGGUGUUUAGAAGAGGUAGAAUUACUCCUUGAAGCUGAAGGAGGCAUCGACAGAUGGUGCAUGCGCAAGAUGCUCCACAUUGCGGCAGAAUUUGGACAUGAACCAGUGGUCCGGCUACUGCUCGAGAAAGGCGCCGAUAUCUCCUCUACAGAUAAUACUGGACGGAAUGCACUCCACAUUUCAGCAUCAAGAGGACAUGAACCAGUGGUCCGGCAACUGCUCGAGAAAGGUGCUGAUAUCUCCUCUUCAAAUAAGGACGGAUUGAAUGCACUCCACCGUGCAGCAGAACUUGGACAUGAAAAAGUGGUCCGGCUACUGCUCGAGAAAGGUGCCGAUAUCUCCUCUUCAAAUAAGGACGGAUGGAAUGCACUCCACCUUGCAGCAGGGUAUGGACAUGAACUAGUGGUCCGGCUACUGCUCGGGGGAGGUGCCGAUAUCUCCUCUACAGAUAAUACUGGAUGGAAUGCACUCCACAUUUCAGCAUCAAGAGGACAUGAACUAGUGGUCCGGCUACUGCUCGAGAAAGGUGCUGAUAUCUCUACAGGUAAUGAUGGACGGAAUGCACUCCACCUUGCAGUAUCAAAUGGAAAUGAACCAGUGGUCCGGCAACUGCUCGAGAAAGGUGCUGAUAUCUCCUCUUCAAAUAAGGACGGAUUGAAUGCACUCCACCGUGCAGCAGAACUUGGACAUGAAAAAGUGGUCCGGCUACUGCUCGAGAAAGGUGCCGAUAUCUCCUCUUCAAAUAAGGACGGAUGGAAUGCACUCCACCUUGCAGCAGGGUAUGGACAUGAACUAGUGGUCCGGCUACUGCUCGGGGGAGGUGCCGAUAUCUCCUCUACAGAUAAUACUGGAUGGAAUGCACUCCACAUUUCAGCAUCAAGAGGACAUGAACUAGUGGUCCGGCUACUGCUCGAGAAAGGUGCUGAUAUCUCUACAGGUAAUGAUGGACGGAAUGCACUCCACCUUGCAGUAUCAAAUGGAAAUGAGCCAGUGAUCCGGCUCCUGCUCGAGAAAGGUGCCGAUAUCUCCUCUUCAAAUAGUGAGGGAUGGAAUGCACUCCACCGUGCAGUAGAACUUGGACAUGAACAAGUGGUCCGGCUACUGCUCGAGAAAGGUGCUGAUAUCUCCUCUUCAAAUAAGGACGGAUGGAAUGCACUCCACCGUGCAGUAGAACUUGGAGAUGAAAAAGUGGUCCGGCUACUGCUCGAGAAAGGUGCCGAUAUCUCCUCUUCAAAUAGUGACGGAUGGAAUGCACUCCACCUUGCAGCAGAACUUGGACAUGAACAAGUGGUCCGGCUCCUACUCGAGAAAGGUGCUGAUAUCUCCUCUUCAAAUAAGGACGGAUGGAAUGCACUCCACCUUGCAGCAGAAUAUAGACAUGAGCCAGUGGUCCGGCUCCUGCUCGAGAAAGGUGCUGAUAUCUCCUCUUCAAAUAAGGACGGAUGGAAUGCACUCCACCUUGCAGCAGAAUAUGGACAUGAGCCAGUGGUCCGGCUCCUGCUCGAGAAAGGCGCCGAUAUCUCCCCUGUAACUCACAGAGGAUCCAAGGCAGACAAACUUGCAGCGUCGAAUGGGUUUGAAUCAAUAGCUCAGCUACUGCGCGAAAAAAAUGCGAGGGGAACGGGCGAGGCAAUAGCGGCGAAGGAUAUCACGCAUACAUCAUAG